CCCAAUGCCACUCGUUGCGCGUCUUGUAAUUUGGAGAGGCGUAUGCAACGCACGGCCCGUUCGCCUUUCCAGGUGGAAAUCCAGGAGGAGCCGAGAGCAAUUUUGAACCGGGACCACUGCUACUGAACCCGGUUCAGGACAGGUGAAAUUCCCAGCAGGCUGCAGUUUAAGGGCCACGGGAUCGAUUGUUCUUCAAGUGCGGGGAUCAGCGAACGCAAACUAUCCGCUCUGGACAUGGAUAAAGGCCAGUGGCUGAAGCGAGGAGGCUAAACUCGGGAUUUCCAGGGAUGUUUACGCACGUUGGAUUCACAUGUUUACAUCCGUUCUUCGGCUAUAUUUAUAGAUAUAUUAAAGUUGAUCUGAAUAAAACAAACAGACAAUGAAAACGAAGCAAAGCCGAUUGCUGCUGCUCUAAACCGCCGUUAGUUGAGACGCGUGAGGACAUCCUACAGAGGCGCCGAAAAUGAAGGAGAAAUCCAAGACGGCCGCAAGGACUAGACGAGAAAAAGAGAACAGCGAAUUUUAUGAACUGGCUAAAAUGCUCCCUCUUCCGUCGGCCAUUACCUCCCAGCUCGACAAAGCCUCCAUAAUAAGGCUGACAACAAGCUACCUAAAGAUGAGGAUUGUUUUCCCGCAGGGUCUUGGUGAGGCGUGGGGACACACGAGUCGAACAAGAUCUUUGGACAAUCUCGGCCGGGAGCUCGGAUCUCAUUUAUUGCAGACGUUAGAUGGAUUCAUAUUCGUGGUGGCUCCGGAUGGGAAGAUUAUGUACAUCUCAGAGACAGCGUCGGUCCAUUUAGGACUGUCUCAGGUAGAGUUGACCGGGAACAGCAUUUAUGAAUAUGUCCAUCCUGCCGACCAUGAUGAAAUGACUGCGGUGCUGACGCCACAUCAGCCCUAUCACUCACAUUUCGUACAAGAAUAUGAAGUGGAACGAUCUUUCUUUUUGAGGAUGAAAUGUGUGCUGGCAAAAAGAAAUGCAGGAUUAACCAGUGGAGGAUACAAGGUCAUCCACUGCAGUGGCUACCUGAAGAUCCGUCAGUACAGUCUGGACAUGUCACCUUUUGAGGGCUGCUACCAGAAUGUGGGACUGGUGGCUGUGGGUCACUCUCUGCCGCCCAGCGCUGUGACGGAAAUAAAAUUGCACAGCAACAUGUUUAUGUUCAGGGCCAGUCUGGACAUGAAGCUCAUUUUUCUGGACUCAAGGGUAGCUGAGCUGACGGGUUAUGAGCCCCAGGACCUUAUAGAGAAAACAUUAUACCAUCAUGUCCACAGCUGCGAUAUUUUUCACCUCCGCUGUGCUCAUCACCUCUUGCUGGUAAAAGGCCAGGUCACGACUAAGUAUUACCGUUUCCUUGCCAAGCACGGUGGUUGGGUCUGGGUCCAGAGUUACGCCACCAUUGUCCACAACAGCCGCUCUUCAAGGCCUCAUUGUAUCGUCAGUGUCAACUACGUUCUCACGGACACUGAGUAUAAAGGAAUGCAGCUUUCCUUGGAUCAAAUGAGUCCUACUAAACCGGCCUUCCCUUAUGCUGACAGUCACAGUGAGGACAGAAAAACGUCCAAGUCCCGUCUGACCCAGUCAAAGGCAAAACCUAGAGUAUCACCUUAUCCACAGCAAUUUGCAGCUUUUAAUCCAGAGCGUUCAGAAUCUGACCAAGACAGCCAGUGGGGGGGGAGCCCCCUGACAGACUCAGCCUCGCCUCAGUUGCUGGAUCCGAGUGAGGCUGCUGAGGCAUCUUGCGCCUACAGAUUGUAUCCAGACUCUGGAUCCCUGUGCUACGGUUUGGGUUUAUCUGAAGAUGAUCUCGCCCACACCCAAGCUCACCCUCACACCACCACCUGCGACCGUGUCCGAUGCCAAGGAGGCCGUUAUUUCCUGGGAACACCUCAGUCGGGUCGAGAGAUGUGGUGGGACACCACACGUUCUGUGCUGUCACUUCCAAAAUUCUCUGUGGACAACAGUGAGGGCUAUGAAAUCACAUCCUACCAUGGCGCCAUUCAUGGACGGGGCCACUGGGAUGAAGACAGUGUUGUGAGUUCACCUGAUGGAGGUGGGUCCACCAGCGAUUCGGGUGAGCGUUAUCACGGUGACCAGUUCCAAUCAAGUCCUCGAGAACCAAGCAAGAUGGAGACCCUGAUCCGAGCCACACAGCAAAUGAUUAAAGAGGAAGAGAAUCGCUUACAGCAACAGAAGGUGCUGCUGGACGUUUCAGGUCUCACCAAAACUCACAGUCCAUGCUUCGCCUCCUCAAUACCCCAUCAUUCUCAGCUCACCAUGCCCAGCGUGGUGUGUCGUGGUCCAGGGGCUCCCAGCAUCGACCUCCCAUCAGAGCGCCUUCAUCACCGGGAUAGCCUCAAAGCGCUUGGCUCCCACGACAAUGACGAAAACACAACCAGCCCAGUGUCAGUGUCUCGCCUCAGCAGCCCCGGCUCUGACGGUGUCCCCAGGCCUGGUCUCCCUCUAACCAAAGACUACAUGCCGACAGAUUUGUCACCACACCCUGCACAGGCCCACAGUAGUCCGCUGCUCUAUCCAGCCCAGGAGAGGCAGCAGAUGGAAAGGCAGGCGGCUUAUGCUUUGACCGGGUAUUCCCUGGAGCACCUGUAUGACCCAGAGAACUUGCGGAGUUAUUCUAGCCUGGCAUGCGGAGGAGUCCAGUAUGACGUGGCAUCUCAUGUGAGGAUGCAGGCGGAGCAGAUGCAAGGACACAAGGCCACCUCAGUUAUCAUUACCAACGGCAGCUGACAGUUUCUGGUGCAGAUUGAUUAUGUUGUCUAAAUGAGGACGUUACAGCUGAUGGCCACGUAUGCUUGAGCAUCAGUGACCAGAUGUCUGGUGCAAGAGACAAAAUGUUGACAAAAGGAUGCAAGACACCUUGUUGUUGGACUGAUGUCCUGUUGGUGGUCCAUUGAUCACUGCUUGUAAAUGUCAGGCUCUUGCAUUGUGCCAUUUUCCUUUCUUUGUUGUCAGAGGAUGAUAUUCCAAAGCUCAAAGGAAAUAAUAUUUAUACACUGCGUGGCACUGGGAAAAGUUUGCUCCACAACAGGAAGUUACUGUUAUUUUAAUGGUGGUGAACUGCGCACUCUCCCACCAGAAGGCUGGUUAAACAUCAAGCAAAUGUUUCUGUCUCACUCCCCUCACGCAUCGUUGGACAUCUGAGUUAAUCUGUCCAGGACGUGAUUUCCACAGACUGUAGGAAAAUGUGCUGUUCCAUUGCCCUUUUACCUGAAAAUCUCCAAGCUCCUCAAACGCAUUAAAGUGCAACAACGGAAAGAUCUGCAUUUCACUGUUGUAAGAUGUCAAUGUUUCCUUGUAUUUAUUAGUCGGUGGACUGUUUUUCUGCAUGUUCCAUUAUUUUCAGUCAAAAUAGAAAUAUUUUCUGGUGCAAAUAAAACAGUUUCUGUGAUUGGAUCAGACCAUCAUUACCAUAACAAAUAAAAAAAAUAAACAGCGUAGAAAACAAAAGGAAACAUUUUCCUUUGACAUGCAAAUGAGCAAAAACUGCAGGCGAGCAUGGCACAGAGUGAGAAGUUGGUUGCAUCCAAAUUAUGUGGAACAAAUGAAGGUAUUUUUAUUUUUUGUUGACUUAAUUUUACCAAAUGUGUUAGAUUACAAAA